GUCAGUCUGUGCAGCGGCGUCAAAGUGUUACAGUCGAGAGCAACUUCACCUCCCGACUGACAAUCACAGACAGAAACAAGUUGAACCCUAUAACCAGAAAACAUUAGAGGUCGUUGGCUGCCGAGGAACAUCUCUUCAUCGUCUCAAACAAAUCAGAGUUGGAGUUUCCUCCUCUUCCUCCUCUUGCUGUCUGUUUGUGACGCUAACGUUAGCCUAGCUAGCUCAGUUAGCUCGCUGAGCUAGCGGCGCCCUGUCUGUUGUUGUGUUGCUGUGAUUUCACUGACGAGCAAAACCCGCACAGAAACAAACAUAAACAUGUCUCAGAUCGGUGGUGUUCAGUCAUGGUGCCUCGGAGUGACGUUACAGCUGAUGUUAGCUGCCGUCCUGCACCAGGGUUUUGCUACUGUUGCCCCGCCCACGACUGCCCAGACCACUGCUGCACCGCACAAGGAGCCCGGCAGACCCGAGAAAGGAAUCUACCACGUCACCAGCAGCAAUGGUACUACCUGUUUACUGGCAUCCAUGGGUCUCCAGCUCAACAUCACCUUCAGCUCUGUCUCCCAGAAUAAGACGGUGCAGGAUGUCGUGAACCUUCAGCCCAAUGUGACAGUAAGCUCUGGAUCAUGUGACUCAGAGAGCGCCUCCCUGCGGCUCACAACGGAUGCAGAGAAGACCAACCUCACCUUCUUCUUCAGCCUGAAUGCUACGUCCAAUAAGUACCACCUGAGCGGGGUGUCUCUGUCAGCGCUCUGGCCAGACAUGAAAGGGCCCUUCUCGGCCCAUAACCGCAGUCUGGACUACCUGCGGGGAACCCUGGGGUACUCAUACAUGUGCCGUAAGGAGCAGACUCUAAAUGUGGCCCAGGAUCUGUCCAUCAACACCUUCCAAGUGCAGGUGCAGCCUUUCGGCCUCACUGGAGAUAACUUUGGAGCAGCUGAGGAAUGCCAGUUGGACGAAGAUGACAUGUUGAUCCCCAUCAUAGUUGGAGCCGCUUUAGCAGGUCUCGUCCUCAUCGUGCUCUUAGCCUACCUCAUUGGCAGGAAGAGGAGCCAUGCUGGCUACCAGACCAUCUGAGGUCACUUGUCACUCUCAUGUUCCCGCGAGGCCCGAGUGCGCUAUCCCACCCUUGAGAUUAACCACUGUUUUAUGAGACUUAACACCCCACCCAACUACCCCUGUCCGCCUCUGUCCCUCCAUCCUACCAUCUCCCUGCCUUUGUGUGUGCUGUUCUUUGCCCUCAUCGGUAACACUAGUCAUUAUCACUUUGUGGAGGUUGAUAUGCUCUUUCUGAACUGACUGCUCAUAGGAAAAAAAAAAAAAAGGGGGGACUUUUUGGAGAUUGCAAUGAAAUGAGGAAAAAUCUCUUUAAUGGUACGAUGUGAAGCAGGGGAUGGGUGUUGAUCAGAAGGUCCAUGAGAGUUCUCAAGUUGUAGUUUACUAUUUAUAAUUUCUGUGAAAGGAAUUUUGAGGGAUUCAAGGGAAUUGCUGCUGUAGCUUUUCUUAUUUAUCUGCUUUUGGGUGGCCAUUUUUAAUGGCCUUGCCCUGAAUGAGGUUUGUUAUUGUAAAAGGGAAUAUUUCAGGCUGUUUAACUUAAUCCACUUCAGACAAUUUGGAUCUGACGUUUUUUUAUUGCAACUCUGCAUUAAGCCCAAGUAUGCAGAUUUUAGGGAACAGACUAAAAACACAGUAACCCAUUCAUUAAGAGGAUAUGUGAGGGGUCCCGUAAGUAAACAAGACGGAUGUAGGGAUUUAUUUAGUCCAAUGGGAUUGGUGAUGAUGGGUACUUCUCUCCCUCAUUAAGGUUCUGAACACAUUUAGUGUGGAGAGUACAGGUGCAGUUGUCAGCUUUGUAAGAUAAUUAUGUUUGGGCAGUGUGGCCUUUUUCACUCCGUUUUUAAAGGAAUAGUUCUCAUUUUUGCGGAAUACGAAGCUACAGUCAGCUAGUGGUUAGCGUACUUUAGCACAAAGAAAGUGUUGUCAUUUUUUGUACGGAUUAAACGAGAUACCUCGUGUUUGUUUGUGAGCUUUAGAGAUGUUGGUUGGCAGAUUUUGGGGAGAGCUGGGCUUGGCUAAUAUCUCCAUGCUGUAAUUUCAUAUUUACCAUACAGACAUGAGUGGUAUUGAUGUUCUCCUCUGACUUUAGGCAAGAGCAUGAUUUUCCCAACUAUUCUUUUUAAGUGAGAGUAGCCACUCUUUUGGAUUCUGCUGUUACAAUGUACACACACACGCACAGACAGGAGUUGCUUAAACAAUCUUAAAAAAAAAACAAAAAAACAGUACUGUCUUAGGUGGACAAUAAAGCUCAGGACAUCACUGUCAGAACGUAAUAAUGUUGUUGUUGUAAGUGUUACAGUCCACCGGGUGGUUUCUGUUUGUUUUUCCUUCCCCCUGAAUAUGGGUCCACUUGGGAUUUUGGUUGCUGAAGGGAAAGAAGUUGCACUAAAGUCUGGAGAAACAGCCCCAUCUAAUGAUUAGUGGCCAAAAAUGCUCUGGUCAGUGUUCAUCAGUGCCUUCCCAGCUGUAACAUAGAUGGGAUUAAAGUAAAGCCAAUACCACAGACAUACUCACUCACUCACUCACACUGUGUGCUGUCAUGUCUGGGUCAUUUUCUUUGUGUCUCACAUGGCCUUCAUGUACUGUUACUACCAUAAAUACGCAUUGUUUGAUGUAGUAGAAGAAAGUGGUUUUUUUUUUAUGUCCCCCCCCCCUCCCUCAUCUAAAUAUCCAUGUAGGGAUUUAAUAAGGUUUUAAUGGAAUUGUUUGAACUGUUUUCUAAAGGAGAGGACAAUAAAAGUGAAUGAACAACUC